AUGCAGAAUCGCAGCUUCGGCGGUGGUGGCCUUGGUGGCGCGGCCUCAGCAGACAACUACUACCGCCUUCUCGAGCACUACGGCAACCUGAUAGCCGGACAGGAGUCCCAGUUGGCGAAAUUGCGGCAGCAGCGGCAGGCGCUUGCGGCCGCGGCGGAGGGCGCUCGACAGCAGCGGGACGCGGAAGCCGAGCUGGCGGCUGCGGCGCGCGCACGUGCAGCAGCACUUCAGGCCGAGAGGGGAACUAAGCAGGCCGAGCUCAACGCGAUUCAGGCAAGGAGUUGUACGGCGCACCUUUCUGUGCAGGAACGUAACGACUCGAUGCGGUCCGAGAUCCAGUCGCUCCGGAACCAGCUGGAGGCCCUGCGGGAGACGCAGUACGUCAACAAGGAGGCUUUCGUGGAACGGUACGGCAACUGGGGAGGUUCGGGGCUGAGCUGUUUGCGAGUGGAGGCGCAGAUACGUGCCGUACUGGCGGCGUUGGAGCCUUCCGGACCUGACUGGCACCUGGUUGCGACCUUAUCAGCUCUUGCACAGGGGCAGGAGGGUCGCAACCGAUACGCGGCAGCAGGCGGCCUGUCGCCUUUCCCCCUCCGAAACCAAAAGACUGUAUAG